AUGGACCUGGAGAAGUUCUGCCGAGAAGAUCAUGCCUUCUACAAGGUCAUAAUUGGUGAUUUCAACGCCGAAAUUGGCCCAAGAAGAACGCCGGAGGAACUUCACAUCGGGACCCACGGCCUACAAUGGAAUGACCAGGGUGAAAGGCUCUCCAAGUUCAUCAUGACGACUAAGACCAUCCAUAGGAACUUGCAAUUCCAGAAGCCCUCCUCUCUGCGCUGGACGUGGGAGUCACCCAGUGGAGGGUACCGUAAUGAAAUAGACCACAUCACCGUCAAUAAAAGGUUCUGCCUGACGGACGUCGCUGUUGUACCAGAGUUCUAUACGGGAUCGGACCAUCGCCUCCUCCGAGGAAGAUUUUCCUUCACAAGGAGAGCAGAGAAAGCCGCCAAGUUCAGAGAGAGAAAUCUCAGGACUAUCAUCGACUGGGAUCUCUUCGCUACGCUAACCGGCUUUUGGGAAGAUUCCGCAAUGGACAACAUCGACGAUGAAUAUGACCGGCUCGUUGAACACCUUCACGACUGCGCGAAAAAUGCUGAGAGUUUUAAAACCACCAAGAGACGCCUGUCUCUUGAAACUCUUGAGCUGAUCCGCCAGCGUGGAGCAGCACGAGCCGCAGGGAACCAAGAACUCACGUCCGAGCUCGCAAGGCUUUGCAGAGAGGCGAUAAAGGAAGACUUUAAAGAGAGAAGAGCGGAAGGCUGA